CUAUAGGGCUGAAAGACACACAGGACUCUUCAUGGAUAUAGUUGAUACAUUUAACCAUUUAAUUCCUACUGAACACUUAGAUGAUGCCCUAUUUCUAGGAUCCAACCUGGAGAAUGAAGUCUGUGAGGACUUUAGUACAAGUCAGAAUGUCUUAGAGGAUUCGCUGAAGAACAUGCUCAGCGAUAAGGAUCCUAUGCUAGGAUCUGCAAGUGCCCAGUUCUGUUUGCCUGUUUUGGAUAGCAAUGAUCCCAAUUUCCAGAUGCCUUGUUCAACAGGGACCAGGAUUCAUUAAUCACACAUAGGAUCUUGGGAUAGGAGAGGCUACCAUUGCAGAACCAGACUUAGAGAAGGUGAGGAGAAUGGCUGGUACAGUGGCCUGACUGCCUCUUAGGAAACCUAUUUUCAAGAGCAACCUCUGGGAUCCUUCUCAGUUAUUUGUCUUGAUGAUAUUAUGGAUGAAGAAGGAGUUAAAGAGAGUGGUAAUGAUGCUAUUGAUGAAGAUGAGUUAACUGUACCCAGCCGGAAUUUGAGGAGCCGUUUGGAAGAAACGUCAGUUGCAUCACCCAGGAAAUCACCACGUUUAAUGGCACAAGAGCCAGUCCGGAGUUUGCGACAGAGCACAUUGGCCAAGCGUUCAAAUAUUGCACCUGUAGCUAGUACCAAGAAAUCAUCUGUAAAAAGCGGAUCUGCCACCAAAACAGGACAGAAACAGCAAGACAAAAGUCCUGCUAAAGAGGCAGAUGUUGCCACACCCCUGAAAGUGGAACAGCCUAAAGAAGUUAGGCGUAGUACAAGGCGAUCAGGACAAGCGGAAGGAACAGUAGCAGCUUCCCAGAGUACAAAAAGUAUUCCUGGUCCUGAAGAAGUAAAUGAAGUGAAGUCGGAAUCCCUUGAGCAGGCAAAAGUUGAGGAAACAUCCCAAGAGUUAAGUUCUAAUUCUGCAGGAGAUUGUAAUCUUCCUAAAGAAACAAAAGACAUAUCAGAGAUUGCUGCAAAGGCUGAGUCUGGGAAUGUUGAUUCAGUUUGUCCCGCAGAUACUGAAAUUUCUGCACUUAAUGAUGAAGUAAAUGAUGUGAAUGAUUCAAUGGGCUCUGAAUCUUCUUCAGAAGAAAAGACUGAAAAUAAAACAGUAGAAUUGGAGAAGAUAAUAGAAGAACAAAGUGGGCAAACUGGGAAAACUAAUGAUCUGUCUAGUGUUUGUGUGAAUCAGAGUGAAAUUUAUGAGACCUUUUCAAAUUUGUCUGGCUCUGUAGAAGAUGGGGUUGAAUGUAGAUUGGGUUCCUGUAGUGUGGAAGUUCCUGAUGAAAAUACAUUGUCUGUAAAAGAAUGUGUAACAGAGCCUGUGGAUGAUGGCAAGGGACUGGAGAAAACUGUAACUUCAGCAGAGAAAUUACUAGACAGUACAGAGUUUGAUAAUAAAGACUUGAAAAAUGAAGAGUUUACUUCUGUUGACCCAGGAAAUAUCAUUUUAGAAAGCACUGUUCUUGACCAUACAAACCAAAAUGUACAGCAACAGAUCAACAGUACUAAGGUAGAAGACUCUGACACAUUAAAAUUUCAGGUUGAUGAUAAACAAAUUAACAUUCCAUCAAAAUGUGAAAAGAACAUGAAACCUCGGCAUAGUAAAUCUGUAGUAGAAAAUAAGCAAGAUAUGACUGUGGGUACUGAACAGAAAUCAAGUAUAACGCAACAAGAUGUGAAGCAUUCAAGAACAAGAGCUGAUUCUACUGUUUCAAAUCUUCACAGUUCAUCUUCAGCAAGUCUCAAACGGAAUGCAGAUGAACAAGAAAGUCAUCAGCAUCAAAAUAACCCUGUUAAAAUUAGAAAGAAACAAACUGAUCUGGCUUUGAAAACAAAGAGCCGUCUUACAGCAGUCACGGUAAAAAAGCAGGCUAAUACUAUGCUGAAGAAAAUACCCCGAGUCCAGGCUUCUGGGCUUGUGCAUAAGUCAUCAAUUCAGAAAGCGAUUGAGAAAUCUACUCAAAGCAGUUCUAAAGAUACCCACCACUCUGGACAUCCAGUACCAGGACAUAUUUCAAAUCUUGGUCAAAAGCAAGUCCAGAAACACCAGCUUGCAUCUGUGCUAAAAACAAAUAGCUCCACAAAGGAAGAGCUAGAGGCAAAAGAUGCCCCUACGGUAGAACAUCUGAAGGAGGAUGAUAAAGAAAAAAACAAAUCAAAAAGAACUGAUAAGAAUCUUCAACCUCGCCAGAGAAGAAGUAGCAAAAGUCUUUCACUUGAUGAACCCCCGUUGUUCAUUCCAGAUAACAUUUCAACUGUUAAAAGGGAAGGCUUGGAGCAUACCCCUGCUAGUGAAAGCAAACAUGUUUGGGUGCCCAACAAGCAGUGUGGCUUUUGCAAAAAGCCACAUGGCAACAGGUUUAUGGUAGGCUGUGGUAGGUGUGAUGACUGGUUUCAUGGCGAUUGUGUUGGACUGAGUCUUUCUCAAGCGCAGCAGAUGGGUGAAGAAGAUAAAGAAUAUGUGUGUGUGAAAUGCUGUGCCGAAGAAGAUAAAAAGGCAGAGUGUUUGGAUCAAAGUGUUCUGGAUACUCAAGUGAAAAUUGACAGCCACAAAGAAGAAAAAACAAUUGAAUAUGAAAAACCAGGGAUGUCAAAGCCAGGACCUACUUGUAAUCUGAACAUAGCAACUGAAAAAGGAAAGCAGACAGAGGAUAUAGGGAAACACAAAGUCAAAAUUUUCAAACGGGAUUCUGGUGAUGGGAAGAACUUAUCAGAAUCCAGAGACUCAGAUACUAAAAAAGGCCAACAUGUUCCUGCUCGUAAAGCAUCACAAACUGCUGUAAUUCCUCGGCGGUCCUCUGAAGAAAAAGGAGAAAAAAUUAGUAAAGAGUCACUUAAUGCGGUUGAAAAGUCCACAAAAUCAGGUGCUCAUGAGAAACAAGAAAUUAAGAAAAAGAAAAAUGAGAAAGGACCAGUCAGUGCAGCGCAUUUACCAACCGUGCCAGCUUCCAAACCUUCUGCUGAUCAGAUAAGACAUAGCGUUAAGCAAUCUCUUAAGGAAAUUCUGAUGAAAAGGUUGACAGACUCCAGUUUAAAGAUUCCUGAGGAGAGAGCAGCAAAAGUUGCCACAAGGAUUGAAAGAGAACUGUUUUCUUUUUUUCGAGACACUGACUCAAAAUAUAAGAACAAAUAUAGAAGUUUAAUGUUCAAUCUAAAAGAUCCUAAAAAUAAUAUAUUGUUCAAAAAAGUACUGAAAGGAGAGGUUACUCCAGACCAUCUAAUAAAAAUGAGCCCAGAAGAACUGGCCUCCAAAGAACUGGCUGCUUGGAGACAAAGAGAAAACAGACACACAAUUGAAAUGAUUGAGAAAGAACAGAGGGAAGUUGAAAGAAGACCUAUCACAAAAAUUACUCACAAAGGUGAAAUUGAAAUUGAAAGUGAAACACCAAUGAAAGAACAAGAAGUUAUGGAAAUUCAGGAACCUAAUAUGAUGAAGUUGCAUGAGAAGUCAGAGGAAGCUGAGAAAGAUAAAGAAGGAAAUGAAUCUGCAUCUCCAGACACCACAAGUCAACACAAAAAUCAUCUCUUUGAUCUUAACUGCAAAAUCUGCAUAGGUCGAAUGGCACCACCUACUGAUGAUGAUAUUUCUGCAAAAAAAGUGAAAGUGUCUGUUGGAGUUGCACGGAAGCAAUCAGACAAUGAAGCAGAGAGCAUUGCAGAUGCGCUUUCUUCAACAUCCUGUAUUUUAGCUUCAGAAUUACUGGAAGAUGAUAAGCAAGACUCAUCAAAAUCAUCAUUCCCGACUCUUCCAAAAUCGGAAACACCUGGUACUGUAGAAUGUGAAAGUCUGUUUCUGGCGCGCCUGAAUUUCAUCUGGAAGGGUUUCAUCAACAUGCCUUCCGUGGCAAAGUUCGUUAUCAAGGCUUAUCCAGUUUCUGGCUCUUUUGAGUAUUUAACAGAGGAUUUACCUGAUAGUAUUCAGGUAGGUGGCAGGAUAUCCCCUCACACUGUCUGGGAGUAUGUAGAAAAAAUCAAAGCCUCAGGGACCAAGGAAAUCUGCGUAGUUCGCUUUACCCCUGUAACUGAAGAGGAUCAGAUAUCCUAUGCUUUGUUAUUUGCCUAUUUCAGCAGUAGAAAACGUUAUGGUGUAGCUGCCAAUAACAUGAAGCUAGUCAAAGAUUUGUAUCUCAUCCCAUUAGGUUCCUCAGAUAAAGUCCCACAUCAUCUCGUGCCUUUUGAUGGGCCUGGGAUUGAAAUUCAUCGACCAAAUUUAUUACUGGGAUUGAUAAUUCGCCAGAAAAUGAAGAGGCAGAUUUCUGCUGUUACAAGUGUUACUAGUAGUUUUGUGGAUGAAGUUUCUGAAAGUACCUUGAGUAGUGCGCCACCAGAAAAGAAAAGCAAGCCAAGCAAACCUGAAGUCUCUCAUAAUGAAUUGGCACUAGAAGAAGAAGAGGAAAAUGAUUUUUUUAAUUCUUUCACAACUGUGCUACACAAGCAGAGAAAUAAACCUCAACCAUCUAAUGUAGAAGAUGUUCCAGCAGUUAUUGAACCAUUGGUGGAAAGUAACAAGCAUGAACCACCAAAGCCUCUCAGAUUUCUUCCUGGUGUUCUAGUUGGAUGGGAGAAUCAGCCUUCUACUUUGGAGCUAGCAAAUAAACCACUGCCAGUGGAUGAUAUUCUUCAAAGCCUCCUGGGUACGACAGGGCAGGUAUGUGAACAAAGUAAGCCAGAAGCAAGUCCUGGUGAAGAGAUACCUUUAUUAAAUGAACAAGCAAGCUUAAAAGAAGAAAACAUGGAUGUUGAUGAAGUAACUGCUGAAGUUAGUGAAACAAAGGCUAGUUCAGAUAAUACGCAAGAGUCUGCUAAUGCUACUGUUGGACCUGCAGAUGCAGCAGCUACAGGGUCCUCAAGUUCUACAAGAAAUGCUGGAACUUUGAUAGGACUUACUCUUAAGGGAAAACCUCCCGAUGUCUCCACCGAAGCAUUUGUAGCAAAUUUAUCUGCUCAGUCACAGAAUAAAGAAACUGAAGAAAGUAAAGAAAAUGAUUCAAAGCGGCAGACACCUGACAAGGAUAAUGUCACACAGGAAAUUAGAAGGACCACAAAUUCCAGCUUUUCUUCUUCAUCAAAUGCAGGGAAAAACACUGACAACAACACUAACGUAAGUUCUGCUGAAGGUACUACUGCUAAUACCUCUAAAUCACCACCAUUUAUUAAUCUUAAAAGAGACCCUAGACAGGCAGCUGGGCGAAAUCAGCAGACUAAUGCUUCAGAAAACAAGGAAGGGGAUGUUAGUAAAAAUGAAGACCAACAGGUUGCUUCAGGAAAUGAUCAAAUAGAACCAGAGAAUAAACAGUCUUCUGGUGAUAUAGGCUUAAACCUGUAUCCAAGUGAUGCACAAACAAAUGAGAUGCAGUAUAGUUCAACCACAGCAAAAGCAGAUAACACAUGUGCAUUGCAAGCGGAAGAUACCAAACAGUCACAAGAAGAUGCAAUGCAAAACAUUGAGGCUCUGAACUCGUUUAGAAUAGGACCAGCAGCAACUUCAUCUCAUUUUGAAACAGAAAAUUCUUCUUCUGAAUUUAUUUCCAAAGUUCCAAGCCCUGUAACAAGUGGCAGCUUCUCAUCUGUUAGACCUCCACAACAGAAUUUCCAGCAUCCUAAAUCUAAUCCACCUGGAUUUCAAUUUCAAGCUCCUGCACCUCCUAACUUCCCUCCACAAAACAGUCCUAUGUUUGGAUUCCCUCCUCAUUUGCCACCUCAACUUCUUCCUCCUCCAGGCUUUGGCUUUCCUCAGAAUCCAAUGAUGCCGUGGCCACCUGUAGGUCAUUUAUCCGGUCAGCCACCACCCUAUGCUGGACCCAUUGCACAAGGGCUACCAGUGGCUCACAAACAGUCAAGAUUUGUGGGGCCAGAAAAUUUUUUUCAGAGUAAAGACAGUAGGAGACCAGAAAGGCGUCAUAGUGAUCCUUGGGGCAGACAGGAGCAGCAUUUGGAGAGAGGGUUCAGUAGAGGAAAAAACGACCAACAGAGACAAAGAUUUUAUAGUGACUCUCACCAUCAAAAGAAAGAAAGACAUGAAAAAGAGUGGAACAAUGAAAAAUACUGGGAACAAGAUUCUGAAAGAAAUAGACGCAGAGACAGAAACCAGGAAAAGGAGAGAGAGAGGAAGAGUAGAGAGGAGGGACACAGAGACAAAGAAAGGUUGCGACUUCCUCACAGUGAUAGGGGUGCUGAUGGGAAAAGCCCCAGAGAGACUAGAAACCCAGAAAAAAAGACAGAGAAGCCCAAACCUGAAGAGCAGGCCCAAGAAAAAGAUAAGGAGAGGGAGAAAAGUAAAGAGAAACAUAGAGAGCGAGAAAGUGAAAAGAGCAGAGACAGACACAGGGACCACAGUGACAGAUCUAAAAGCAAAAGGUAAAAAGAUGCAGGCAGUCUUUUUAAAGUCCUAUUUAAGUAAACUAUUAGAGUUACGUCGUAAAACUUUCUAUUAAAAAAAAACAAACAAACCAACAGCCUGCUAGGAUUGUGCCAUCUUUUUUAUUCAGUCUUGGUGUUUUGCAGAAACCAGUCUGUGUUUUGGUACUACUCGAUGUACCAAUACUCAUCCUUUUUUUCAUUAUACCAACUGUCGCUAGAAGUAGGAGUUUAAUAUUUUUAAAAAUUUUACAUUGCUGUAUAUUCAAAAUUUUAAAGAUUUCUUUUAUUAAUAUGCAAUAAAGGCUUAGAAAUUUUCUUAGCUGAUAAAGCUGGCUUUAGUCAUGUCUGCAAUAUAGUUGCCUUUGGUAAUUUGUGCUCUCUCCUGUUUUAAGAUGCUCGGAUAAUUUUAAAGAUUACUUUAAUACAAUAACCUUCUUUGUAAAUUGCACUGUUUUUAAGGACUCCAGCAAAACCUCAGAAUCCACACAUGCUACAACAAAACAUAACAUGCUUGAUGGUGUGAAGAGUUUUUUAAAUUAUUCAGUAGUACAAUAAAGUAAUUCAAGUGUAUUUCAUCAGUUUUUCAAGUAUUUCCUAAGCAUCUAAAGCAGUCUGUGACCAGAAAUUGGAAGGCUGAGCUGCUCGAAUGUUAUUGCUUUAAACUGCACUUGUUUAAAUAAGAAAGCAUUUUUAACCUAAGUUCUUGAAAAUAUGUUUUGUAGUAGUUGAUUCAUUUUUCCGACCAUUUUCCAUGCUUCAAAAACUUGAAUACCUGAGCUUGUACAUUACUUUGUGUUUUGCUAUCCUUUUUACUGUAAAAUGUAAAUAUUUUAAGGGAUAUUUUGAUUCUAAAAUGAUAAAACUUUCUCACAUACUGUGUGUGUUUGAUUUCAUAGGUUUGAAACUGUAGGUUGAAAGAAUCUAGCAGGCUAAGUUGUAGAAUGCAGAAAUGUAGAAAUAUAUUUUACAUUUCAUGGCUACGCUGUUCUGAGUUCCGGGGGAGCAGAGAGAGGGGAAGAAGGUAGAGGAAUGUUUGUCCCAUUGGGACUUGCAGUAAAUUGAUUCCUAAUAAUGACAGCCACCCACUGCAAAACAAAAAGCCAAAAAAGAAAACCUGAAGACAAGCUGAAAUCUCCUGCCUUCUCAGAAUACACCUGUCAUUUCGCUGAGUCUGUUAGAAACAAACAUUCCACUAUGUAUACCAAAAAUGAGGUUUAUUGUUCUAUUUUUCAGUAUUGUUUUUUUUUACUUUGAGUACAUUACCUUCUGUAUGGACAUAGCAUUUUGCACUUUGCUGUAGAAAAGCCUCUUCUUUCUGAGAAGAUCUUUCAAAUUUAACAACACACUAAUAAUAUUUGCUAAUUUUAAUGUAUUUUAAAGUAAAAUUUCCUUUCAAUAUCCUACAAGUAAGUAGCUUCACAGUCAAAUUGACUAAAAUAAAAACCUUGCACCAAA